GUUGCUCAGGAUCAUCUUGAACUCCUGGCCUCCUGUGAUCCUCCCACCUCAGCCACCCAAGUAGCUGGGACUACAGGUGUGAGCCAGUGGGCCCAGCCAUUACUCACCUCUUGUCAGGAGCAAGCUCCACCUGGAGAAAAGGCUCCUGAGGAGUUGAAAGGAGGCAGGAAAUAUUUCUGGAGGAGCCUGGAUUUGGAUGAGAGAACUGGCCAGAGAGAGGCUGCUUUGAUUGGAAAGAAUGUGGGGAAGUUGCUGGGCAUCCUUCUCUUCUUAGGAGACCUGUCUAGACUCCACACUGGAAGGAAGCCCUUUUCAGUGUGGAAAAGUCUUCCAUACGAGCUUGUACAUUAACAGUACAGGAGAAAAUAUACACUGAGUCCCCACCAUCCCCUCUUUGGCCCUAAAUUCCUUCCCCCUCAAACGAUAGGACCUUCCAAAGUUUGGGUUCCCAUUCCUGAGUGUUGGUGAAAGUUAGGGUUAGGGUUUGGAUAGAAAGAGGCACAGAGCUCAGCUUCACUCCCCAGGUGGGGCCUGUUAGUCCCAGGGUCAGUGAGAACCCCGGGAUCCCUCAGUCAGUGCCCCUUCCCCUGUGUCAUGGAUGGGUGUCAGCAUCAGAGAUGCCCCACCCAGUGGAUAGGGUGCAGUGGCCUACGUUUUAGAGACCCAUACUCCACUUCUUUGCCAGGGAAGCUUCUGGAACACCGAGAAGCCUCAACCUGUGCAGCCUGGGGUGGGCUGCAGAUCAGCCAAAACUCACAACCUGCCUGGCUGCAACAGACCCCUGGGCAGCCGACAGCCCUCCUCACUCCCCAGACCCUGCUCAUUCUUGGUUUACACUCUUGUUUUGGUGGAGAACACCCUCCAGUAGCUCCUUGGGAACAGGUGCUUGGGUUUUGAGACCUUGAGUUCUGAGAAUGUCUUAUCAGGGCUGCUGGAUUGCAGGUUCCUCAUCCGAUGUGGUGGUUGUGAUAAGCCUCAUUACAGAACAUCCUUUUUCCUUUCUUACCUUUUUACAUAGACAUGGGGUCUUGUUCUCUCGCCUAGGCAGGAGUGCACCGGCAUGAUUGUAGCUCCCUGUAGCUUCGAACUUCUUAGCUCAAGCGCUCUUCCUGCCUCAGUCUCCUCCCGAGUAGCUGGGACUACAGGCGUGCACCACCAUGUCUGGCUAAUUUUAAAAAAUUGUUUUGGAGAGAAGUCUCGCUGUGUUGUGCAGGCUGGCAAUUGCAGGGCAUUCUGUGUGUCGUGUAGCCCCCAGUGCUUGUUGAAUGAAGGGAUGAAUGGAUAAGGUGUUGCAGAAGGCGUCCCCAGGUCCCAUCCUCCACCCCCAUAUCUCUCUUGCUCAGCAGGUGGACCCCAUGUGAAGAAAGGAGAGAGGGAGAGAGAAUGAGCCACGAGGGCCCGGUGCCCUCUUCAUUUCUGUGGGCUCUCUCCUUUCAGUACAGGGCUCCAGCGCCCUCCACAGAACUCCACACCCAGCCCAGCAAGCCCCUCUGUGAUGGGUGCUGAGAGUGGCAGGCAUGGGGCUCUUGUUACAUCAGAGCUCCAGGAAACAGGCAGUCACAGACUAUUCUGAGUGGGCAGAAGAGGUCCACCUAUGGACACAUAUUUAGAGAAGCUGAGGAGUUCAUCACUGAAGACAUCCAGCCCGUGAGUAGUAGAGGGGCCAGGGCUGUUCCUGAGGAUGCAGCUGGUGCCCUCCAUAGGAGUGAAGGAGACACCAUUGACUCAAGAGGACCGGCCAGCUCUCCAGGAGUCGCCUUGGUCUCCAGGAUGCACGGGACUGAAGGCCGCUGUGCAGAUUCAGAGGGUGUUGAUACCAGUGCCUACGCUGGGCCACCCCGACCCGUGGGUGGCCGGGGAUUCUGCUGUGCCUGCACGGGACCCUGCCUGGCUUCAGGAGGACAGAGUAGAGGAAGAAGCUAUGGCUCCUGGGCUGCCAACUGCCUGUUCACAGGAACCAGUCACCUUUGCAGAUGUGGCUGUGGUGUUCACCCCAGAAGAAUGGGUGUUUCUGGACUCUACUCAGAGGAGCCUGUAUAGAGAUGUGAUGCUGGAGAACUAUAGGAACCUGGCCUCUGUGGCUGAUCAACUGUGCAAACCCAAUGCAUUGUCUUAUUUGGAACAAAGAGGAGAGCAGUGGACCACUGACAGAGGCAUCCUCUCAGACACCUGUGCAGAGCCUCAACUUCAACCCCAAAAGGCAAUUCCUAGCCAAGAUCCUUUUACGGAGAUUCUGUCCAUUGAUGUGAAAGGGGAGCAACCUCAGCCUCGAGAAAAACUCUAUAAAUAUAAUGAACUUGAGAAACCUUUUAACAGCAUCGAACCACUUUUCCAGUACCAGAGAAUUCAUGCUGGAGAGGUGUCCUAUGAAUGUCAAGAGAGUAGAAAUUCCUUCUUCCAGAGCACCCAUCUAAUCGUGCCUGAGAAAAUCCGUAGUGGGGAUAAAACCUAUGCAUGUACCAAAUGUGAAAAAUCCUUCAGAUACAGCUCUGACCUUAUCAGGCAUGAGAAGACUCAUACUGCAGAGAAGUGCUUUGACUGUCAAGAAUGUGGGCAAGCCUUCAAAUAUUCCUCGAAUCUCCGGCGACACAUGAGAACCCAUACUGGAGAGAAGCCAUUUGAAUGUAGUCAGUGUGGGAAAACCUUCACAAGGAACUUUAACCUGAUUUUGCACCAGAGAAACCACACAGGGGAGAAGCCCUAUGAGUGUAAAGAUUGUGGGAAAGCCUUCAAUCAGCCAUCAUCCCUUAGGAGCCACGUGAGAACUCACACUGGAGAGAAGCCCUUUGAAUGCACCCAGUGUGGGAAAGCCUUCAGGGAACACUCUUCACUGAAGACACAUCUGCGAACCCAUACCAGAGAGAAACCAUAUGAAUGCAACCAGUGUGGCAAGCCCUUCCGGACGAGCACUCAUCUGAACGUGCACAAGAGGAUACACACAGGGGAGAAACUGUAUGAGUGCGGGACUUGUGGUCAGGUCUUGAGUCGUCUUUCAACCCUGAAGAGUCACAUGCGAACUCACACUGGAGAGAAGCCCUACGUGUGCCAGGAAUGCGGGCGAGCCUUCAGUGAGCCCUCAUCCCUCAGGAAACAUGCAAGGACUCACAGUGGCAAGAAGCCCUAUGCAUGCCAGGAAUGUGGGCGAGCCUUUGGUCAGUCUUCACAUCUUAUUGUACAUGUGAGAACACACAGUGCCGGGAGACCCUAUCAAUGUAAUCAGUGUGAGAAAGCCUUCAGGCACAGCUCCUCACUCACUGUACACAAAAGAACCCACAUGGGAAGAGAGAACAUCAGGAAUGGUAGCCUGCCUUUACCCAUGUCUCAUCCAUACUGUGGGCCCCUUGCUAAUUAACUUCCAUUUUCUAAAAAUAUAAACACAUAGGGCUAUGACUGUCCCUCAUAAUACUCCUUUAGCUGCAUCUCAUGUUUCAAUGUAUAAUAUUUUCAUUUUGGUUUGAUUGUAAGUAUUGUCUUAACCUCUAUUAUCAUUUAUUCUUUGACCCAUCUAUUAUUUGGAAUUAGAUUUUUCAAAACUAAUACGUGGAUAUAUUUUCAUAGAGGUAUAAUGACUUACAGCGAAAUGCAUACAUCUGAAGUAUACAGUUGGAUGAGUUUGACAGAUGCAUACAUGCAUGUAACCAACACUCAUUCCAGAUAUAGAAUGUUUCUAUCUUUCUGGAAGGUUCCUGCAUGUUAUAUGGCUAUUUCUUAGUUGCCUUUUUGUUGUUGGUUUCUAAUUUAAUUACAUGGUGAGAAGAGUAUGUGGCCUCUUUGUUAUUGAGUCAUAGGUAUUUGCUGAGAUUUGCUAUUAGGUCUGGUGUGGCUUAUUCUUCUAGCUGCCAGCCAAAAUUGCCCCUUCCUCCUUAGAAAAGAACCUGGGUUUUCUGUUCAGAUUGGUGGCAUGCACUAUUAAAAAGCUUCCAUCACCUGGCCGGGCACGGUGGCUCAUGCCUGUAAUCCCUGAGGAUUACAGGCUGAGGCGGGGGGAUCACCUGAGGUCAGGAGUUCGAGACCAGCCUGGCCAACAUGGUGAAACCCCCUCUCUACUAAAAAUACAAAAAUUAGCCAGGUUUGGUGGCAUGCAUCUGUAAUCCCAGCUACUUGGGAGGUUGAGGCAGGACAAUUGCUUGAACCCAGGAGGCGGAGGUUGCAGUGAGCCGAGAUUGUGCCACUGCACUCCAGCCUGGGCAACAGAGUGAGACUGUCUCAAAAAAAUAAUUAAAAAAAAGCUUCCAUCUCCCAGCCCUUCUUGCAAGCAAGGGCAGGCCAUUUCUUCUGGUCCUGGCUAGUAUGAAUGUGAGAAGUCACCGGAUGUGACUCUGGGGAAGAUGUUGUGUUCAGGGAUGGUUUCAUGUAGCCACAUCUCUCCACUUCUUGCCUUUUGGACAAGGAGACAUGAUGUCUAGAGCUAGAGGAGCCCUCCUGUGACCAUAAAGGGUAAAAGCCACAGGCUAAGAGUGUGGCCGGAAGUCAUAUCCAUCUUGCUUCUGUAAUCUAAAAAAUAUUUAGGAUAUAUUUAGUAGAAUUGGCAUAUUUAUGUGAUUGUAGCAGCCCUGGACUAUUUGUUUCUGGAUGUCCCAUACAUGAAAAAUAGGCACUUCUUACUGGUAGAAGAUGGUUUUUUUUUUGUUUGUUUUUUUGUUUUUGUUUUUGGUGGGAGGUUUAUUUCAGCUGAAUAUAAUUCCUAACUGAUGCACUUAGUAUAUGUCAAUUUUUAUAAAUGCUUCAUGGAUGGUUGAAAUCAAUGUAUUGUAUUCUGCAAAUGUCUGGUAGAUCAAGCAUAUGUGUUUAAAAGCCAUCUACACAUUUAUAAAGAUUGAUCUGUGAUCUAGCGUUUAUUAAGAGAGGUAUGUUAAACUCUCCCACCAUGAUUAUGUAUUGCUGAACAAUCUUUGUCCAUUCUGUCAAUUUUUAAAUUUAUGUAUAUACAUACAUAUGUAUGUUUUGAAGCAAUGAAAUUAAAUAUAGAUACUGACAUUUUUUACA